UUUAAUAAUCUAUUUCUUCAAUCCUAUCAUUUUAAGCAGCUAUUGAUGUUUUUGUCUUUUAAUUUUAUUAUCGAGUGUAAAAAAAUAAUAAAUGUAGUUUUAAUGCAAGGCUCUUGAUGAAUUGUUCUUCUAGUAGUAUAUUUUUAAGUUGUACAUUACAGUUUGAAUCUAGUCGAUAUGUGAGAGUGAGAUGUUUUAACGUUUAUUCGCUUUGUCGAAUGACGAAUAUUCGGCUGCUGUUAAUUACAAUAUCUAUAAAUAAGGAUUAUCAUGCUACGGGAUCUUCAUUGACUUUUUAGUGUCAUAAUGCCGGUGCAGCAAAUAAAUGUGAAAAAUUCGUCUGAUAUCGAAAGCUGGGAAUGGGGCGGGGGAUGUGGCAGAGAGACUGUUCGCGCAGGGUCUGGUAGCAGCCAAACUUCCUGCAGCAAUUCUAGUGGAGAUAUUUGUCGUAUUUGCCAUUGCGAAAGUGAAGUUCACAAUCCUCUACUCGCACCUUGUUAUUGUUCUGGAAGCUUAAAGUAUGUUCAUCAGAGUUGUCUCCAACAGUGGCUCACGGCGUCUGAAACAAGAUCAUGUGAACUAUGCAAAUUCAAUUUUAUUAUGCAUACAAAAAUAAAACCAUUUAGUGAGUGGCGGCUGCUGGAGAUGUCCGGCGUGGAGCGGCGGCGGCUGUGCUGCGCGGUGCUGUUCCACUGCGUGGCGGCGCUGUGCGUCAUGUGGUCGCUGUUCGUGCUCAUCGAGCGCGCCGUGGAGGAGGUCAACCGCGGCCUCAUCGCGUGGCCGUUCUGGACGAAGCUCGUGGUGGUGGCGGUCGGCUUCACGGGCGGGGCGGUGUUCAUGUACAUACAGUGCCGCCAAUACUUACAUCUGUGCAACCGCUGGAGAGCUCACAACAGGAUACUACUCAUACAGAACGCGCCGGAGAAGAUCCCGAUCGACGGGUCGCCGCCGCGCAAGCGCCGCGAGCGCAGCGCGCGCGGGCAGGUGGUCGCCAACAUCGAGCCGCCGCCGCCGCCCGCCGCCUACCACGAGGAGGACGAGAGCGGCGGCUUCGAGACGUACCGCGCCAACCCGCCGCCGCGCCUGUCCGCGCUGGCGCGCCGCGCCUCCGACACGCGCCUGCCGCCGCCCGCGCCCGUGUACCACAUCGACGUGGACCCGCUGGAGGCCGACAUCCGCUCGCUGCUGGCGCUGGACGCGGCGCGCUCGCUGCCCAACCUGCGCGCCUCCCGCGAGACGCUGCUGCACGCGCCGCCCGCGCCGCCCGCGCCGCCCGCGCGCCCCGCCCGCGCCGCGCGCCCCGCGCCGCCCUCCUGAGGCCGCGCCGCGCUCACGCUCUACCCGGACGACGCCGUGUACUAGUGCGCGUGUGUGCCGUGCGUGCCGUGCGUGUGUGCCGUGCGCGCCGUGCGUGUGUGACAGGGACCCGGACGACGGGGACGGCGUGGGAGAUUGCAAACAUGCUACGUCGAUUUGUGUUUAGUACAAAAUGAUGAUUGACACGUGCGCUUAGCCCGAGGAGCCUUGUUGUUUUUAUAUUUUUACUUUUCCUUCAGACCGAGUACUGUCAUGACAUGUCGCUUCGCACCGGACUCUGUCCGGCGCAUCGAGACCUCGAAACUGGCUUUGCAGAACUAUUUGAUCCUUCCUGCCAAGUCCUGUUCGAUAUUCUCAUAUAUUAUUUGAAUAAUCGCCUCCGUUCAUGUGAUAUUGAUCCAUAAAACGAGUGUCAUAUUAAAUUAUGGAAAAGAAAAAAUAUAAACUUCAGUAUUACAUACAGUAAAAGUAUUUUGAUAAAGUUAAAAUUAGAUAUUUAUUUUGCGGCUGAAUCUUUAAAUUCAAAUGUAACAUUCAAUAAAUAUAACUUUUGAAGUAUUCUUGUUGAAAACAAGUUGUAGAUACCGCUUGUGACUUUCGGCCGUGAUUACAGGUUGUUGACAAAAAAGCAAAUAAUUAUCAAUUUUUUUGUCACUAUUAUUGCCUUGAUUUAUUAUUUCGAUACGAGAAGGUCUUUAUAAAUAUAAACACGACAAACAGAAGGAAAGUUAGCGAGGACAUUUAUUUUAUACUGAAUGAAAUACAAAUGAAAUUUGUUUUGAAUCAUUGGUAAUAAAUUAAAGUUGCUUAUAUGAACAUCAUGCAUUUCAAGAUAUGUUUUAGUCAUAAGUUAUUGGAAUAAUUGCCAUAAAGAAUAUAAUCAUGAACAAUCAAAUUUGUAAAUAGUACUUAGUAUUGGUGUAAAUAGUAACGUAAUACAUACAUAUGAUACUGUUAGGUUAUGUAAUGUGGGGUCACUGAACCCUUCAAUGAUCUCUGACUCCCUAACAAAAGCGAAUUGCAUGGAUUAGAGAAUAUAAGGAUCUGAAUUUUAUGUGACACUUAUUUGCUUAUUUUGACGAGCUAAGACUUUAUAUUUGCUCUAAACACAUAUUUAAACCUACGUUAUAAAUCAAAGAAUGUUAUAAUAUGUAGGUUAAAAAGAACAAUUUAUAAUUCAUUAUCCAAUGUAAAUGUUUAUUUUUUUGUUUUUAUUCUGUAAUUGUGUAUAUCCUGUAAGCAAGUCCGUCCUUGUCGUGAAACCCUUUUAACUAUCAUUUGAAAUAGUUUACUGUGGUAGCUCGUCAAAAUGUUAUAAGUAGUUAAUUAUUUUGAUGUAUUUUUUGUAUGUAUUAAUUUUUUGUUAACACAGUUUUUUAAGUGAACACGUAAUCAGACCCGGUUUUGUUUAGUGUGAAAUUUGAAUAUGGUGGUAAAAAAAUUCAUUGUCACAAGUGAUAACAUCUAGAUUUAAUAUUAAUACUUUUUUUGCUUGCUAUAUCAAUUAAUUAUUUUUACCCAACGGGCCCUCACCCCGCCGAGGGUAUGUCAGCUGCUCCCGCAUCAUAGAGCACUCUAACACUAUUUAUUACUUUUCAUCUAAAAUGUUUAAAUACAACUUGUUAUAAUUAAUAAUCAAUUUAAAAAAUAUAUACUUAGAAUCCUUUAUUGUAGGUAUAAAAAUAAUGGGUUAAAUCGAUCACCCUGAAAGUUGGCACAGAUAUUAUUUUGCUAGAUGGCGCUGCGACUCUCCAAGUUGCGUGGCACUGUAUAUAUUACUAGUAUUUAGAUAAUUUGUUUCAAUUCGAUAAAAGAAAACUGGUUUUAAAGUAUUUAUUUAACCCUUUAUAUGAAAAGUAAUAAAUGACAGAUAACCUCUGUAGUUUAUACUAAAUUAUUUGUUCCGAUCAAUACAUACAUUUAUUCGAAGCGAAACAUUCAUAAGACUCGUCAAUGCAAUAUUCUAUUGUGAACCCCAUGUGGACGACAAUACGCAAUUUUAUGUUAUUUUUAGUUUUAUAUACGAUAUAGUACAAUACGCAGCACUGGCGUAGUCAGUUAGUUAGUUCACAUGCUCCUGUCACAAAAUCCUGGCUACGCCAAUGAUCCCCAGUUCGACGUCGAUGAGUUAAGGGUCUUCGCGGCUCGUCCUAUCAGAUGUCAUCGAGUUUGGCGUUGCAUCGAUUGGUUUAUGUUAAUCCUACGCCCAAAGUACUCAACGACGUAAUUACUCUCAUUAUAUACUUAAAAAUACUUAAUAGUUAAUAAUGAUGUGCGAGAAAAUAUCGCGUCUAGUGGACGGUGAGCUUAACCUAGGGCACAAGUUAAUAGAGGUGAUAAAAAUUUACAAGUUUUAUGAUUUGAUUUGGCAUGUGAUCUAAAAUUAUAAGAAAUUUAUAUUCUGUUGUACUCCCUUCGAUUUUAACUCUAUCCCUUCGCACAUUUCUUCUAACUUGUCUGACUCUUAUUCAUCACUCCGACUAGAAAAGAAGCAUUAUUUGUAGAAUAAAAGAUAAUCGAUUUUCAAAGUUGUUUUGCGGCUGGAAAUGUGAAAGAAGUAAGUGAGGGUUAACGAAGUCUAUGAUGAAGAGAAUCGGCGUCAAUUAAAUUUGUUUAUCGUUAGUUAUAAUUGCAUUACAAUUAUUUAUUUUAAAGAAAUAUCUCUCUCAUUAGUCGUUAGUUUCCACUUAUUGUCAAUUGUCGUACGCCCCCUCCCGCCUCGUCCCGCCUCGUCCCGCCUCUGCAAUCCUUUGCGUCACUCCUACCUCUUCAUAGCAAUCUCGCCCUCGGUGUUGAAUCUCUUAUUCUGUCUCGCCUAUCAGCUCUGUUUCAUUGCUUGUUUUUGUUUCUGUUUUUGUCUUUCAAUGUACUUAUAGAGAUAUUUAACUCUCAAAUGUAAUUAUAUAAACAGGAUCAUUCUAAAUGUAUAUAUGUAAUAUAAGUACUUAUUAUUAUAUAUUAUACAGGAUGUAUCGAAAAACUUUGUACCCAUUUGUAAUAUUAGAGCCUUUAUAUACGAACCAGAAGUAGGCUAAUAUAUAAUUUUCGUUUAUUUUCCUUUCGAACAUGAAAUUCGAGCGGCUUUCGGAAUACGGCAGAUUUUCUUUGCAUACUUUUCGUUUCCGUGGCUAGCUUAUGGGGUUGUAGAUUCCGAGAACCUUGGUUUAAAUCCACGGUCGGGCUGACGAUAAAUAAUAACAGGCAUUUUUGUCAAAAAAAGUCCGAAUUUUGUAAGUUGCCAGGGUUUACACCCCAGUGCUUCGGAACCCAUGUAAAGGCGUUGGCCCUGCGCCUGAUUUCAGCGGUCACGUCGGGUCACCCUCCCGUCCGGUGAAAGAAUAAAGAUUGAAAUGCAGAUGCAUUUGCUCGUGCAUAUUUGUUUACUUUUAAUAUUUCCCGCCAUUGGAUAGUUAUCGUUAGAGUAGUCGCCCGGGACGAAAUCGAACGGCAAAUCACCAUACUCGAAUAAUCAUCUCCCUUGGAGCUGCAGCAAAGGAUUCUAUGGUGUUUCGGAACUCAGAUCUCGAGGGAUAAAGAUCCACACUGCUGUUCCAAGAGACAUAUUGAUUUCGCGGCGCAUUGACUAUGUAAGGAAUGGUUAAUGUAUCUUACAGCGCCAAUGCCUGUGGCGGUGGUAAACACUUACCAUCAGGUGACUCAUUUGCCGUCCGCCAAACUAAUUUAUAAAAAAAUAUAUGCCUUUUCGAGAAGGGUAGAAAUAUGGAAGUAGGUAUAUUACCUUAGGGUAGUGUUUUAUGUAAAGUAGUUCUAAUAUCAGAACUGGGACUGAAAAUAAUUUUUAAUAGGGUACUUUUUUUUCGGACGUCCUGUAUAAUGUCAGCUAAUUCUUCGCACCAUAAUUUCUAAAAUUAUCAAAUAAUGGACUAGUUAUGUACAAAAUAUACUUUUGCGACGUUUAUAAAUUAAGUUCACUGUGAAAGUCGCUGAAUCACUUCAUCGACGGCUAACUGAAGUAUAAAAUAUUUUUAGUUAUAAAUUAUUUACACACGUAGACCUUAACCUACUUUAUUCGAGUUAUUUUUUUAAACGACGUCACGGCGUACAAACUGUUAUAUUACUUACGUUACAAUAUUGUCUUAAAUCGAUGUAAAUUUAUAUUUUAAAAUAUACACUCGCAGAUGAAAUUAACCGCUCGUGCGUACCGGACCUAACAACUAAGUUUCGUUAAGAACAUUCACAGCUGGUAAAGACAAUAUGUUUUUGUUUCCUUAUAAUCAUCAGUAUCGAUAAACUAAAAGUGUACAAAAUUUCUAGAGAGUGGUUAAUUUUGUCGAUAUUAUACUUAUAUUAGUUAUACUGUGUGUUUAUUUAUAUAAUAGAAAAAGAUGUAUAAUUUGAUCAGAAUAUUUUAAUAGCAAUUCGCAUAGAGUUCCUGCUAGUCGGGCUAGGAAGCCGGAAGUUAUCUCCGAUACACGACCGCCAUUUGUGAACGUGUGGCGUCCCGUGUGACGUCAGACGGGCUCGCCGGGGCCGCCCCGUUGGCCGAGCAGGUGUCCAGUCCGCUGUAAACUAAUCUUAAAAUAUCUCGACAAUAUUAUACUAAUCGUUUGUCAUGAAGUCGUUCUGUGUCAGGAGGCUCUUCUCUUGUCCGAAGCCGUAAGAACAUUUCGGUGAUGUUAAAAAUAAUGAUGUAUCGAUAGAGUUGCCAUUACGUUUAGAUAGUCACUAUGAAAGAUGAUAUCGUGUGUGUAGUUAGAUAGAAAAUUAAAAUACAUUCGACUUUUGGUGCUAAAGGAUCGGAGACUUUCUUUUCUAUGUAAAGAUACUGAAAAUUGUAUAAAAUGGUUCUGUACAUGAUUAUCAGUUGAGUGAAUGCGGCCUGAGAAGUCUUAUUUGUGAACUGUUUUUAGUUUUAUUGUUGUAUAUUUUGAUUUAAACGUGUCUCUGUGAGCGUUGAUUUGAACAUCACUCGAACUUGUAACACAUCACAUGUAUGAAGUUAUUUUGUUCACUAGUCGAAUAUACGCCAUGUUGUAAUGUUACAAGCUUUGCGAAUAUUGUUUGUGCAGUAAUUACAGAAAGAAAUCGGAGCUGUCUGUGUUUGCAGUUUUUAAUUUCGAACUUCAUUCGCAGAAAUUUUAUAAUUAAAACGUAAUUCCUCAUAAUAAUUCAAAAGCAAUUUAUUUAUACGUUCUGCGACUGAAGAUUUUACUAAGAUGACAGGCGACCCAACCCCCACACAGACAUCCCCCCAGUACAUUUUGCUGUGCUAUGAAUUCGUUCCAAAGCAUUUUGUUUAUUGAACAUUCAAAUAAUGUAGUUAGUGCCUUAUUUAAUAAUUAUGUUUUACCGAUUGUAUGCAAUUUGUUACUUUGUUGACAUUCGAAACGCUUAUUAUGUAUUGUGUGAUCGCCGUCCGCGCAGCGCGUCGCGGAUUGUGAUAUAAGUUAGUUAUUGUUUUUUCUUUUUGCUCAAAAUUAUUUCUCCGUUUGAUCUGUGUACUUAUCGUUCAUGAAAUUUGUAAGACUGUAUUUAAUUUUGUUACGUAAAAUUGUUGAAUCCAGGUUAUAAAUAUAGUUAUUUUGAGAA